UGUGCUAUUAAAAAUAGUGCAAAACGUACAAGUAGAAUCGUAUUUUGUGCACAUGCAUAAUACAGUAUCUUUAAUUAAAUUAUCAGAUAAUAGAAAUACAUGCAUUGUACAAUUACGCACUGUGUUCUUCACCAAAGAAAAUUUAUAAAGCCAGUUUUCUAGCUUUUGUCCCGCCUAUUCAAAUAUAGCAUACAGGUAGCCUAACGCAAACCAGUACAAGUACCGCGAAAGAAGUCAAAGGCUUGUCAGUGAAGAGAAUCGGCGUGGGUUUAGUCACACCCGAUGAAAGUAAUAGUGGAAAGUUAACCCUUAAGCAUAAAAGUGAUCAAAACUAUCUUCAUAGGAAAACAUACUAUUUUAGGACUGUUUUUGAGGAAGGAUGCUGAAACUUUUCAGAGGAAAAGGGCACCACAUUAGUGCAGAAAGACAAAAACUUCAGAAAGAAUUGUUUUCAUACAACAAGCUUAUUCCUCAUGGCUUUACCCACCGACCAAGUGCAUUUGCCUGGGACCCAAAAUUGAAUUUGAUAGCCAUAGGGACCCGUAGCGGAUUUGUUAGAAUAUAUGGUUCUCCAGGAGUUGAAUUCUAUGGACAGCAUGAAGAAGAAUGCUCUGUUACCAAGCUGUUCUUCAUCCCUAAUCAGGGUCGUCUUAUUAGUUUAUGUGAUACUAAUUCUCUUCACUUGUGGGAAAUCAACACUAAUAAUGGAGAGUCCUAUUUGACAGAAGUGAAGUCUUGCUCAUUAGAAGGAAGGUUGAAGAAGAUUUCUAGCUGCUGCUUGCAGCCUAGUGGAGAACAUCUGUUAAUUGGUACAGAGGGAGGAAAUAUUUAUCUUCUUGAUGUCAAGGCAUUUGAAAUGACAGAUCAUAUCAUCUAUCAAGAUGUUAUUAUGCAAAAUGUUCCUGAUGAUUAUAAAGUUAAUCCUGGAGCAGUAGAAGCAAUAGCUGAACACCCAUCCAAUCCAGAUCAUAUAUUAAUAGGCUAUAACCGUGGACUGAUGGUCUUGUGGGACAAAAAGAACCAAACUGCAGAUAAAACAUAUAUUGGCAGCCAGCAAUUGGAGUCAGUUUCGUGGUACAGGGAUGGCAAACGAUUUAUGAGUGCUCACAAUGAUGGGAGCUACAUUGUGUGGAGUACUGCAGAUGCUUCCAAACCUGCAGAAAACCCAAAAACUCCUUAUGGUCCAUUUCCAUGCAAAAGUAUGAACAAAGUGUUGUGGCAUUCUGUGAAAGGAGGGGAGGACUUUAUCAUAUUUUCUGGAGGAAUGCCAAGAGCAAGUUAUGGGGAUCGUCACACAGUAACAGUCAUGAAAGGAGAAAAUCACCAAGUUCUGGACUUUACUUCUAAAGUUAUUGAUUUUGUUGCAAUUACUGACAAUUCCUCUGAUGCUGAAUUCGACAACCCUGGAUCGCUGCUGGUCCUUGUGGAAGAAGAACUUGUUGCAAUUGAUUUGGAAACAGAAGGAUGGCCAGCAUUCCGUCAGCCUUAUCUUGCAAGUCUUCAUUCCUCAGCAAUAACAUGUACCCAACACUGCAGCCAAGUACCACAAGAUUUAUGGGACAAAAUUGUAGCUGCUGGCAAUAAACAAAUAGUAAACCAUUACUCUUCCAGGGAUUGGCCAGUCACUGGUGGUAAAAAUCUUGCAGAAUCUCCAAGUGUACGAGAGUUAAUACUUACUGGACAUGAAGAUGGUACCAUAAGAUUUUGGGAUGCUUCUGGUGUGUGUCUAAAACACAUGUACACUCUAAGUACCUCCAGUCUUUUUGAAGGUGAAGAACAUGAUCAUUCACCCACUGAAGAAGGAGAGGAAUGGCCCCCUUUUCGUAAAGUAGGGAAUUUUGACCCAUAUAGUGAUGACCCACGUCUUGCAGUUAAAAAGAUCAUUCUUUGUGCCCUAAGUGGAAUUCUGGUUGUAGCAGGUACUGCUGGGCAAGUAAUUGUUCUUGAAAUUAAAGAGGAAGUCACAGAAAAGGAAAUUGAGGUAUCUCAAGUAAAUAUUGUAGGGGACCGAGAUAAUUUUAUUUGGAAAGGUCAUGACCAAUUAAACAUCAAGAGUGGGGAGCAAACAUUAGAACCUGGCUUUCAGCACAUGGUUGUUGUGCAGCUGAGUCCUCCUGCAGGGGUGACAGCUCUUACUUUGCACUCAGAAUGGGGAUUGCUUGCUGCUGGCACAGCACAUGGAUUUGAACUUUAUGAUUACAUCCAGAAGAAACAUGUGAUGUCGAAGUGUAGCCUCAACCCUAAUGACUUGGCAGUAGGUGACACUUCAAUGUCUCGAAGAAAGUCUUUUAAAAAGUCGUUACGAGAAUCAUUUCGUCGUUUGAGGAAAGGGCGUUCUCAAAGGGGAAAAAAAGACAAGACUCCAACUAGAUCAAGUAGUGAAAGUCCAAAGGAAGCCAGUCCAACUGAUGUGGAACCCCAAGUUGGUGAAGGACAAACCAAGUCAGUGGAACGUCAGGUGGAGGCUAGGGCAGCAGAUGACUCUCUUGGAUCAAUGGUUCGCUGCCUUUAUCUGGCUAAGAGCUUCAUAAUUAACAAUGUAACAACAACCCCAACACUAUGGGCAGGAACAAAUGCUGGUGCAAUCUAUGUGUUCACUAUCGUAUUGCCAGAUGGUGAGAAGAGGUCUUCAGAGUCUGUUACUUGUCAGUUAGGUAAGGAGAUACAGCUGAAACAUAGGGCACCUGUUCUGUUUAUUCAUAUUGUUGAUCAACAUGGUUACCCACUGCCAGAUCCCCUCGAAGUCCAGAAGCAACUAGCUAACCCACCAGACUUGACUGGAACACACAGGGUGUUGAUUUGUUCAGAAGAGCAGUUUAAGGUAUUUACUCUUCCAACUUUAAAGCCUUAUGGAAAGUUCAAGCUGACAGCUCAUGAAGGGUCACGGGUCAGGAAAGUUGGCAUAGCCAAAUUUACUUCAAAGAGUGAUGAAAACUACUCUGAAUAUUGCAUGACAUGCUUAACAAAUCAAGGUGAUCUAAGCAUUUACUCCAUACCAGAACUCCGGAGACAGUUAGUGCAGUCUUGUAUCAAGAAGGAAGACAUCAAUGGAAUAUCCAGCUUGGUGUUUACUAAGAACGGUCAAGGUUUCUUCCUUCAUUCCCCAUGUGAGUUUGUACGGUUCACCUUGUCAACCACGAGUGUUACUGAUGUCCAUUGUGUGUUAGACCUGCCGGAAGGUGUCAGAUCUGCAGUAGAGCCUACAACUGCACCUGAAACUGUCUCUUCUCCUGAAGAGAAGACCAGUCCUGAGUCAGAAGGAGACAUUCAAGAUGAAAUGUCUGCAGAAGAGAGAAAAAAUGACACUUCCGAAUCAGGCCCAGCUAUUGGAGAAGGAGAUGGUGGAAAGGACAUGAUAGAAGGUAAUGUGGAGGAGAAACACGAAAACAAGAAUGAUGAUAGUGCCUUAAAUGAUGAAGAUAGAAAAGACCUAGAUAUUACUGUUGACAGUGUCAGAGAUCACCUAGCGAAUUUGACUGUGGAAGAAAAUACAUUUGUGUCGGUUGAAAUCAUGGAAUGCUCAAAAAAUUUAAAGACUCAAGAGACUACCACAUCAGUUAUCAAUGAGAAAAUAGUCAACUCUACAGGCCAAGCAGGUCCAGAAGUUGAACCAGCCAGACAUGGUGAGGGAGACCUCCCCCAUGAUUUCCCAGUCCCUGCCUUAAAAUCCUCCACUCCACUCCAGCUGAGUAAUCGUGCCCCCCUGGCACACAUUGAUGAACUAAACCACGUGGAUGAUGAGAGGUAAACGUUCCAGCUUUGGCCCUGCCGGUGUGCAGUAUUGUUGAGGGGGACAAUUAUAAAUUGACUUUGAUAAUUUGACUGUCAUCCUUGUGUGAAAAACCAUUAUUUUUCUACUUUGCUAUUUGAAGGGAUCAACCUGUUUUACUGCACACUCUUCAGUGACAUUGGAAAUCUGACCUCAUGUUAGCUGUAAGCUACUUUGAAGGAAAUGGUAGCUUUUGUCUUUGUUUUAGAAGGUUGUGAGGAAUGUAGUGUAUAAACUGAGUUUAAUCAAGACACAGAGUCAGAAUUUUUCCUAUUUGUUCAGACAAUAGAAUGUUAUAGUGGCAUAAUUAAUUCCAUGAAUUUAAACUUCUCUGUGGUAAAUUGUUUAUGGUGAUUCUUAUACACAUACAUUCUAAACCAAGCAGCUUUCUAUAUCAUUAAUAUUUUAUUCUUCAUUUUUAAGUUUCAGUAAUUAUUGUUUGCCAUAAUUUUACUAGUGACCUAUAUCUCUAAGCUAGUUCUAAGUUUUGAAAUAAUUUUUGUAAAUGUCAUAAGGUUUGAGCUGUAAUUCUUUCCAUAUAAUUGCUCGAACCAUAGUGUUUAUUCAUGUGAUUAGAUUAAAAAGAAUCAAAGGUGGUUUUUACAUUAUCAGAAAUAUUCUUCUGGUGCAUUUGGUAAUUAUGAUGUGCUUAACAUGUUUUGAAGUUUAUGGGAUUAUUACGCUUGUUUUAUAACAUGCUACAAUACUGUCAUGCUCAAUUGUAGUAACUGGUGAAUGGAUAAAUUUGUCAUGAUUGUUGGGGUCCAUUGGAAUAAAAUCUUGUUAACAACAUA